GCUGUGUAUAUGUAUGUUUAUCAGGGUAUAGAUGCCUCUGAUCAUGUUGUGGGCAAGUGACAAUCUGUCUUUUUGGUAAAAAAAUGAGAAUGAAUUGUCUCCCUUUAUCUUUGGGAAGUCUAAAUUCGUCGAGGUCUGGGAUUUGUAGAGUUGCAAAUCUGCUAUGAUCAUAUGCGAUACGGAGAAAUUUCUGGGAAUUUUUUAGUUUCCUUAAUGUUGAUUACCGUGUUAUGUAACUCUGCAGACUCUAUAUGAUUUAUUGAGAGAUUGAUGGGUAUUAACUUGUUGUUUUGCUAGUUGGGAAUUCUGUGCUCUAUCUGUUUGUUUCCCCUUCUGACUUCAUCUCUGUAACUUUGAUGACAGAAACAAAGGUGAGUUUUGGGGGGCUGGAAUUUGAAAAACGAAAAAACAAGAAAGAGGUAUUUCGUAUUGGAAGUUAUAUAAAUAUAUAUUUAUAUAUAUAUAUAUAUAUAUAUGGAAGAGUAAAUGAUUGGGGCAGAGGGAUUUAGGACUGAGGACUUGGGAUUGUGCUUUGAGGAGCUAAUGGUGUUUGCUGGUAGUGGUGGUGAUAUUGGGGUAGCUAAGAUGUUAGGCGGUGGGGCGAUCGCCGAGUGGAAGGACAUUCCCAUGGAGCUCUUGCUGCGAAUCGUCUCGCUUGUCGAUGAUCAAACCGUCAUUGUUGCCGCAGGAGUCUGCAGUGGGUGGAGAGAUGCCAUUUGCUGGGGACUUACCCACCUCUCCCUCUCAUGGUGCAAGAACAAUAUGAACAACUUGGUUCUAUCUCUUGCUCCUAAGUUCACAAAACUGCAGACUCUGAUUCUGCGGCAGGAUUUUUCGCAGCUUAAAGAUGAUGCUGUUGAGGCUAUUGCGAAUUACUGUCAUGACCUGCAGGAUUUGGACCUUAGCAAGAGCUUCAAGGUUACUGAUCGCUCUCUGUUUGCUCUGGCUCGUGGUUGUCCAAAUCUUAUAAAACUCAACAUUAGCGGGUGUUCUUCCUUCAGUGAUACGUCUAUCUCGUAUUUGGCUGGAUUUUGCCGAAAAUUAAAAUACUUAAAUCUUUGUGGAUGUUCUAGAGCUGCAUCUGACAAGGCACUGAAGGUUAUCGGAUACAACUGCAGUCAGUUGCAGUCCUUGAACCUGGGAUGGUGCGAGUAUGUCAGUGAUGCAGGAGUAAUGAGUUUGGCAUAUGGAUGCCCAGAUCUGCGAGCCCUUGACCUUUGUUGCUGUAGUCUAAUAACAGAUGAAAGUGUUAUUGCUUUGGCAAACAAUUGCCCUCAUCUGAGGUCCCUCGACCUGUACUACUGCCGAAACAUCACGGAUAGAGCUAUGUAUUCACUGGCUCAAAGCCGAGUACGGAACAAGCACCCAGAAAUGUGGGAGUCCGUGGAAAACAGGUAUCAAGAGAAGGAAGGGCUUGUGAACCUCAACAUCAGCCAGUGCACGGCCCUCACCCCUCCGGCUGUCCAGGCCGUGUGCGACUCCUUCCCUGCGCUUCAUACCUGCCCGGGAAGACAUUCUCUCAUCAUAAGCGGCUGCCUGAACUUAACCUCGGUGCAUUGUGCCUGCUCUGUACAAGGGCUCCGCGCAGCCAGCAUGCUGCCUCACCCUGCUGUCUGAGUGAAGAAACGUGGGUAAAAAUCUUGCAAGUUUGUUCCUCCUGUACAUGUUGCAUUUGGAUUUGGCUGCUCUGCUUUGUGGGCUGAACUGACAAUCAAUACCUGUGAAGUUUGUUUAUAUGUGGGUUCCUUCCUGCGGGUGCUGGGGUUUGUAUCUUGUAGAUGGUGGUGUAAUGGCUGGCUGGUUAUGGCUUUUGUUAACUGAAUUUUCGAUAUGGCUCAAGGUGGUUGUGUUUGGAAAGUUACAUAUGUUUCGAAGGGAAGGAGGACAAGAAAGUAAAUAAAUAAAUAAAUAGACUGUUGGGUAUGCCGAAAAUGUAAUUAAACAUAUGGAGAGUGAGGCAGUAGAGAUGUGUGAAGUUUGAAGGUGAAAUGAAGACCUUAUAUCUAAGGAUGGGGGGUUGGUUGGAAAAGGGGCUACGGCUACCUUUAUUUUGUUUAGAGGUUUAUAAGGUCAAUUGAAUUGGUUUUUAAAUUCAUUUAGGCUUA